UAUAGAGGGCGCACUCACACUGAGCUUGCGUAGAAAAUAACAAAACGCCAUUUUCCGAGAACUUUUGUUUCGGACACGGAUUCGGUGAGAGAAAUAGGCCAAAAUAUCACACGCAGGCAGAAGGAAAAACAUGUAAAUAUGGCCUGUGUGGCGUCACUUAAGCAAGAACUCCAACUCUCAGAAUCACUAUUCGGUAAGGAUAAUGAGAGAUUUCAGAUCCACGCUGCCACCAUGGACGAGUUGACAUGCAAGUUCAUCGGCUGCAACAAGGAGGAAUUCGUCGUACAUUGUAAUUUCACAGACUCAUACCCACAGACUCGGCCAGUAUGGUUUUCAGAUUCAGAAGAUCCCGUCUUGUCGACUGUGAUUCAACGUUUGUCUGAAAUAAGUGCUUCGGGCCAGCUGCUCCUAAAAAUGAUUAGGCGGCUGGUUCGAGACCUGUGCAAGUUACAUAAUGUCCAAGAACCCUCCACAAUGUCCAUCUUAGAUCAAGAGCUACCCUCAGAGAAAAGCGAUGACGAUGACGACAUGGCCAGCGCUGAUGAAGAGGAUGGUCUGGACGAUUAUGCACACGACGACGAGGAAGACGAUGACGAGAACGAAGAAGAAGAAGACGAAGAGAAUCAAGACAUGGAGGACUGUAUGGACCAUUACGAGAUGGAGGAAGAACCAAGCAAAUCAGUCAAAGAGAAGGAUGACAAAGACAUAGCUCCAGAGAACUACGCGGUACUGGAGAGAUUAAAAACCAACCAUAGAAGAGAUUACUUAAAGGGCUCGGUAUCAGGGUCAGUGCAGGCCACAGACAGACUGAUGAAGGAGCUAAGAGAUGUCUACAGGUCGGAAGCAUUCAAGAAGAAAAUGUACUACGUGGAGUUGGUCAACGACAGUUUGUAUGAUUGGCACAUCAAAAUACUAUCGGUUGACAAUGACAGUCCCUUAUAUGCAGACCUGAAGCAACUCAAAGAAAAGGAAGGAAAAGAUCACAUCUUACUCAAUAUGACAUUUAAGGAUAACUUCCCCUUUGACCCGCCGUUUGUGAGGGUCAUCUUCCCCGUUCUGACCGGUGGCUACGUGCUUGGCGGUGGGGCCAUCUGCAUGGAGCUACUGACCAAGCAGGGCUGGAGCAGUGCCUACACGGUGGAGGCCGUCAUCUUACAGAUUGCUGCUACGCUAGUUAAGGGCAAAGCGCGGAUACAGUUCGGCGCCUCCAAGCAGCGUCAGUAUAGUUUGGCCAGAGCACAGCAAUCAUUCAAAUCUUUGGUGCAGAUUCACGAAAAGAACGGAUGGUUUACUCCACCAAAAGAGGAUGGUUAGCUGACCGAUCAAAGGACUCCCCCCCUUCCCCCCAACCCCGUCAAACCUGAACUAUUGUGUCGACCCACGCAAGUUUGACUCAGCUGUGACUCUUGUGGAAGCCAGACAAUCAAACCAUACCUACAAAGAUCUACUCGACAUGGAAACCACUUCGACAUGUGGAGGCGUCGGCGACUUACACACUCUGCGGAGACUUGGAUACAAAGAGAUUUGACUUUGUUUCUCUGGACUUCAGGAUUCGAAGGAUGGAUUUUAUUGUUUUUGUUUUUUUCAUUUUUCCCCCUCCCCAGAGAGUUAAUAAUGUGCCACAAAAUUGCAAAGCUUGUCCUGCUUCGACUGUUGUCAUCCUAUUUUCAGGAUACUCCACAUUUUCACCCAUGGGAAUAAUAUUGAGAUUUUCUCGUUCGUGUUCUUGUUGUUGUUUUGUUCACAAUGCUGUCGUCACUUACAAAGGUAAGUUUGAAUGAAGUUAACACUUCUCAAGAACUUCCCAGAGAAGCUACCAGGAGUUGUGUACAUUGUUUUUGCUGUCAUGAAAAUGUGGUAACGUUCAUUCCUAGUUUCAGUUUCACAGAUCAUUUACCUAAGUGUGUGUUUAUCUGUCCUCGGAUUCCUACUGUUAGGAUGUAUAUUCUUUAUGUAUUAUUACUUUACUGAUGGUUCAGGCCAGGAGCAUCAUAGGCUAUGAGAUUAUGCCUUGUUCACGACACCAAUGGGUCGUAUCCAACAUACCCAAACUGGGCUUGCCAAAAGAGAGGUCAUUUGUUUUACAGUCAAGACAUCAUGACUUGCUCACUAAGGAUCGGCGUGGUUUUGGUUCGUUGCUCCCGUUGUGUUGCGCUCCUUACACCUCUUGGGAGUUCACUUGCUGCAUACAUGUAGUGUGCUGCAUAGCAAUAACGCAUGGUGACGGUGGUUUUUUCCUCACCCAGGGUCAUCACUGAAGGGAAGAGAUGUGACACCCCACCCUUGCUCAUUUUGGUGAUUUUUAUUGGCAAACGCUCAGUGUGUUUGGGGCAAUCUUUGUCACAACAAAUGGGAUGUUAGGGGUGUGACAUCCCCCAUUGACAUAACAAUUUUCCUGUGGGAAAAAUUGUGCAUCUGUCCACACCCCCCCCCCCCCUUGAUUUUGUGGGGUGACCAGGAAAAAAAACUGGUUGUCUUCCAGUGUGGAUGGCCUGUUGGCAAAUUGUUGUCAAACGCACCCCAUUCAAAUUGAUCUGGUGGUGCACCGCUGCCUGUUGUCCAAUAAUGCCCAGUCUCAUCUGCUCUGAACAGUGUCCCCCAGCAGGUUGAUCUUAAUGUGAUCAGGUGACUAGGAGACGUCUUGUCUACCGUCUACUAUGGAGUGAUGCUGUCACCUCCAAUAUGAUGACAGCCUUGUCCUUGACCCAAUAUGCAUGUUUGGCGAUUAGGCAUCUCAAACCCAGCAGACGAUCAUUUAUGUAAAUAGUGCUGUGCUGAUACCAGCCGCACCAAUUGACAAAACGCGAACGUCUCGCGUCUAAAUCGAGUCUCAAUCGUCAGUUGAAAUCAAGAUAUGAUCUUAUUAUUCUGAUGUCAGAAUGAGUGCCUGUAUUUUUGACUUGGAAUCGUAAGUGAAGAUGUGAGCUGACUGACGCGAAGCAGCAUCUCACAUUCAUUGAUAUGACCAUGGAGGUAGGAAUCCGUUCGAUCAAGUGGCCCAUCGGUAUACAUGUAUUGGCCUUGUUAUGGACCUUCAGUAAAUCACACUUUUGGAUUUUGGUUUGGCCAUGGAUGCUACACGUAUGCUAAUAUCCAGUUUCUAAAAAAACAUAGGAGUACUUAUAUAUGCUUGGAAGCUGAAGUGAUUAUGUAACAGUAUUUGAUAGUGUGAACACUGCCAUCAUGCUUAAUACUCAUGAAUAUGUCCAAGAAAUGAAAUUGAGGUCCAUGCAUUUAAACAGAGAAAGAUGCAGGAUCCUGGCUGGAAAAAAAUGCUGAUGUACCGUUACGAAUUUUCCUAGUUGAAUUAUCUGAAUAAAUUUGUGUAACUUCAUUUCAUUUUGGCAAAUUAAUAAAAUCACGUACAUGAUAUGCAAAGGGGACUGUUUUUUAUCUAUGGCUAAAGAAAAAUACAUGGAAGGAAAUCUGACCUUCUCAGAAGAGUUUAGGCUUUGCAUGGUGGAGUAUCGAUUUAGUUUCGGUUUGCGGUAAACACCAUGCUUAGUAGAUUUAGUUCUGAUAACAGUCCUCCUUAGUUCUAAAAAGAACUUGUCUUGUUAUCUACUUUCGCUAAGUAGGUUGGGAGGUGGUGGGGCUUCUCGCAAUUAUCUUCACUGAGGCUGAGUGAGAUACGUUUGGUCUCAAUGUUUCAACUAGCCUGCUCUAGUCAUCGUCAGGAGACUAUGCUGAGCCCAAACUUAUCUCUCUCAGCCUCAGUGAAGAUAAUUGCGAGAAGUUCCACCGUCUUCCAACCUACUUAGCGAAAGUAGAUAACUUAACAAGUUCUUUCUAGGACUGUUCUUAUCAGAUAUAAAUCUACUAAGCGACAGCAGUUAUUACCACACGGUGUUACCACAAACCGAAACUAAAUCAGACAGACCUUAUAUUUGUUUUGGCCAAUGGUAACGGUUUGAAGCAAGUUUUUUUUUUUCUAGUCCCUUUGAGAUUUGGAUACAACUGGGAAUAAUAUCGCAGAACAGGCUUGCAGGGCCACCAUUUUGAAAUUCAUUCAUUCAGUGUGUCCCUAAACUCACUGUUUCAUGAGAGUUAACCUGAGUGUUUUCGCAAGCUGAUUUGUUUCCACUCUUUUCCACCUGCCCCCUCUUUGCAUGCAAAAUUGAUACAUUGAACAUUGAAGUUGUGCACAGAAAAAAAGUGUUCAACAGCAAUGGACCAUUUUUUGGACUGGGCAGAAUCAGUAUUUUUGUUUACACAUUUUUUAUUUUGUCUUUUGGAUUUUCUUUAACUUGUGAAGGACUUUCCCCUAAAAAUAAAUUGCCCCUGUUGUGUUUUAUACCUUUUUGGUCGCAAAACAAGUUUGUUCCCCCGUAUACAUCGAUCGCAUUCAGCAGACAUCUUUGAGCUGUUGCGACACUUUUACUAAGGCUGUAUUCUGUCUCUUCCAACAUUUCUUGCUAUUUUCUUGUAACAUUUUCUGUUAAAACUCUUGUUGAAUGUGUAAUGGUUGUAACCUCAGUGUUUAUACAAAGGGUUUAAAUAACAAGACAUGUAUACGUGUACAUAAAAACUGGAAGGGAAAUCUUUGUUGUACAUUUUCAAAGAGUGAUUUCACUGUGGAGGGAACGAGCAACGGUAAAUUACUAUUUCAUCAUAUCUUCUUUCUUUUUUUGGACAACAAAAUGACUGUGAAACAAACAUCUCCAGUGAUGUACCUAUGAUACGUAACUUAAUUUGUACAAUUCAUUUAACGAUCUGGAUCUAUUUUAUAGAUUAGUGUUUAAAGAACUGUUGAAUCGGCCCAAUAAAGUUGGUAAAGUGCUGACUGAAGCGUCUAGACACGUGACAAAACAA